CAUUUUAAUUCGAAGACAGAAGAUUCCAAAUAUGUUACAGACUAAAAUUAAACAGAUUAAUUAUGCAUGCUUAGAUUAUGUGCAGACAUUCCUGAGAAUUUAAUGCACAGUGUUCGGACAUAACAAGGGGCAUAAAGGGGCUGUAAAGGUCUCUCCCCUUCCUUCGUCCUGCUCAUUUCACUACUGUAGUAGAGGUAUUCUUGUAUGUCAUCAUACCAGUUGCCUCAGCUAGCUGGGCUGUGUUGGUGAUUGUCCAUAUAGGAUGUGUGAAAUUAUCCUCUCUCCUUACAGAGACAGAUCCCUCGAUGAUGAUGAGACAAUUGAGGCAUCUGAGCUGUUGGGGUCAGCUUGUGUAAAUUCUAUUCACUUGAACAGGCUGUCCCAUUGUCGUUUCAAGCCCGUCAGCACCUGCGAUAUCAGUAUCCAACAGUAUCUCAGUAACGAGCAAGUCACUCGAAAUGCCUACAUCAAACAUGACAUCGCCGUUCCCCUCCCCAAGCUUCAAGCCAUUUCAUUAUUUAUUCCGCUCUAUUUGGAGCUCUGGGUCUCGAAAGCCGCAAACAUCGACGUCGGAAGAUUUUCCCAUGAUCGAUAUCCCUCCACCAGCAUCAAUAAACUCGAGGCCCUAGGCGAGAUGUCUCCAGUCAAGUAUCAGCAAUAUGUCGACCAGAGCGCCAUAAGACCACAGCUCAAGCCCGGACCCCGACAAUAGUCGCGCCAAGCGGGCUGCAUAGCAGACAUUCCGCACUCACGCGUCGAGACCAAUUCGCCUUUUAUAAUCAUGGGAUACAUCAGGA